AUGUGUAAGCAGGGUUCCUGCUGCUCCCACACAGCUCUGGCACUGAGGUGUGGCAGCAGCCCCUGCAGUGCCAUGGGCACCCUGGGCAGCAGGAGGCUCCUGCUCUGCUGUGCCCUCUGGGGACUCUGCCUGGCCUCGGACUACGAUGAUUACUCUCAGAACAGCACCAGCGAGCAGGCCAGCACACCGGAGGCCACCCCGUGUCCCCGAGCCAUCCCUGGGGACCAGGCCACGGUCAACAAUGUCACCUACCUGCUGAUCCCCGAGGCCACGCGUGCCCAGCUGGGCAGCGCCGUCACGGUCCGGCUCAUCCCGUGCCUUUACAGCCUGGUGUUCCUGCUGGGGCUGCCGGCCAACGCGCUGGCCCUGUGGGUGCUGGCCACCCGGGCCGAGCGCCACACCUCCACCGUGUUCCUGAUGAACCUGGCGGCCGCCGACCUGCUGCUCACCUGCGUGCUGCCCUUCAAGAUCGCCUACUAUUUCCUGGGCAACCACUGGCCCUUCGGGGAAGGGCUGUGCCGCCUGACCACGGCUCUGUUCUACGGGAACAUGUACUGCUCCGUGCUGCUGCUCACCUGCAUCAGCGUGGAUCGCUACCUGGCCGUGGCUCACCCUUUCUCCUCCCGUGCUUUCCGCACGCCCUCGCUGGCCGCGGGUGCCUGCGCCGCCGUCUGGCUCAGCGCCGCCGCGCUGACGCUGCCGCUGGCCGUGCAGCAGCAGUCGUACCCGCUGCUCGGGGCAGGCCUCACCGUGUGCCACGACGUGCUGCCCAGGCACGAGGACGACGGCUUCUACUUCCAUUACUUCGUGGCUCUGAUCGCCUGCGCCUUCCUGCUGCCGCUGGCGCUGCUGGUGCUGAGCUCGGGCGCGGUGCUGCGCGUCCUCCUGCGCGGGGGCAGCCGCUACAGCCACGCUGCCAAGCUCACGGCCCUCGUGGUCGUCACCCUCGUGGUGUUCUGUGCCCCCAGCAACAUCCUGCUGCUGCUCCACUACUCCAGGCCCUGCUCGCGGCUGCACGGCCGCCUGUACCUCAGCUACAUGGUCAGCCUGGCCCUCAGCACCUGCAACAGCUGCGCCGACCCCUUCGUCUACUACUACGUGUCGGAGGAUUUCCGGGAGAAGGUGAAGGGGAGACUCUUCAAGGGCAGCAAAAAAAACGCCGCGUCCCUAAAGACCUCCAAGGAAACGCUGCCCCGCUCCAAACAUUCUCUGGUGUGAGGCUCCAGCGCGGCUCGCUGCUCCCAGGGCACUCCCGGUGCACGCAGAGCGGGUACGGU